GCGGCCGGGGUGAGGGGCACGGGCACCUGCAGGUAUAACAUGAUCAUCUGGACCAAGCCGCACAUCCUGAAGUCCGCUCUGCAGGCCUCAAGCCACGGCGUGCUGAUGAUCGACACCGACGUGGUAGUCAGGCAGGACAUCCUCCAGGAGAGCGUGCAGCGCCUGACACAGAAGAAGGGCGCCUCCAUCGUCACUGGCAUCGAGAACACCCGUGCCGACAGAAUCAACACCGGAACAGUGUUCAUCACGCCGACUGGGCGCAUGUUCACGGAGAUUAUGGACGAGUGGAUCAAGGAGAAUUCCAAUUAUUCCAGCGGCUUAG